AUGGGGAGAGGCUGUGCCCGCCUGCCUCAUCCAUACAAACCUGGCAACACAGGGUACAGCAGUUCACAGACCGCUCAGCAGAACACAACAGCGAGGCAGGAUUUUCGAGUUCCCAGCAACCCCAGGCAGAGCAGCCACGCCAACCCUCGCAGAGGUGGGCACGCACAGAGCCUCCCUGCACCCGCCACGGGCUACUCUCCCAGGGGUCGGCCGUCAGCACACACACAGGCCAACCCACUUCAGCCCCCUCAGCCUCAUCAGGCCCCGCCCCCUCCACCAAGCCGACCCGCCCCUGCACCUCAACAUCAGAACAGCACGUGGAGGUUCAAAAGCACCAGUAGCACUGGACCACUGAGACAGCCUGCUGGCAAUAACAACAUAUACAACACCAAGCCUGCUGCUCCAACUCAGACGACAUCUGCAUUUCAGGUCAAACCAGUGGCUGAGAGCUCCCUAAGGAUCCUGACUGCUGUCAUAGCUGGGAUGAGACACUGGAGCCAGUUCAAGGACAAAGCUCCCGCCCUGUUUGAAAUCUACGCAACUCUCGAUUCCGCGGUCACGGUGGGAUCCCACGGGGCCAAGGACUUCCUCGUGAGAGACGGCAAAGAGGUCUUGCAGUGUGUCUUCUACGAGAACGAGCUGGAGCUGCCCAGGCUGAUCCGGGGCCAGGUGCACCGCUGCGUGGGGAACUACGACAGCAGGAGGGACGUCCUCACCUGCGUGUCCGUCAGGGCCGCUCUGCCCUCGGAGCAGAGGAACGCCCAGGAGGCGGUGAGAGCUUCCGACGCCGAGAUGAGGGGGCUGGUCAAGUCUCUCAGUGAAGUCUGAUA